AUGAUGUCUGGACGGGGCAAGCAAGGCGGGAAAGUUCGCGCCAAGGCUAAGACCCGCUCUUCACGGGCCGGGCUCCAGUUUCCCGUGGGCCGAGUGCACCGCCUUCUCCGCAAGGGCAACUACGCCGAGCGGGUCGGGGCCGGCGCGCCGGUGUACCUGGCGGCGGUGCUGGAGUACCUGACCGCGGAGAUCCUGGAGCUGGCGGGCAACGCGGCCCGCGACAACAAGAAGACGCGUAUCAUUCCGCGUCAUCUGCAGCUGGCCAUUCGCAACGACGAGGAGCUUAACAAGCUACUGGGCAAAGUCACCAUCGCUCAGGGUGGCGUACUGCCCAAUAUCCAGGCUGUGCUGCUGCCCAAAAAGACCGAGAGCCACCACAAGGCCAAGGGCAAGUAA